GUAUGUCCUUACAUGUCGACUUCCUUGCCAGUCUUAUAAUCGAUCCCUCUUCCGACCAAGAUUCUCAUUAUAUUUGCCUCCAAACUCACACCUAUAUCAAAUUUUCGUCGAUCGCACUAGAUCGUAUAUUGGGUCUCCAUCGAAGAUCUUCUAGCACCUAGCUCGUGCUACCUCGACAUCAUGAGUGAUGCUCUGUGUGGCCCGUCCAAUGCUCUUCAAAACUUCCAGAAGCAUGCCUCUGUUGAUCGGACACUGCAACAGGACAGAUUAGUGUCGCGACAGUCGCAUUCUCAGGGCUUUCGGUCACAAAAUCCCAACGAAGGUAUCCCAGAUCCCGAAUUCGCUGCGUUCGAAUCCAAUAUGCCAGGAGCACCGCUCCCCGAUUUACAACAUCCGGGCCACUUCGCUACGCCUCAUUUCGCGGUACACAAUCAAGUAGAGAAGCACAAUUGGACAGCAGACUUUCAGAGGCUACAGAUUUCUGGCUCUUCACCUCUAGCUCAUCAACAAGUCGGCCCAACCCCAGCCUCAGCGUCGAACCUUGCACAGCAUGGUUGGCGGAAUGAUUUUCUAGCCCAACAGCGGCAACCUAGUCCUGCUCAGCAACACAAACCUUUCGCCCAGGGGUUCCAACCUUUUUUUACGCCUAGUUAUCCUAUACACGAGAGUGCAGUAAAUGCUCCCCCGCCAUCGCAAGCUCUGACAGCUAGCCAGCUACCAUCCACUGAAGCCUUCGAUGAGUCUGCCUUUGAAGCUGCAUUUGAACAAGCCAAGGCGGAUUUAGCGUCACAAACGGCUGAUCACGCACAAGAACUUACCAAUGAGACCUCUAAUCCGGAUGCAACUGCUGCUCCUCAAGUUGAAGCCAUCCGGAUUGGUUCAGACACCAUACCCCAGGCCGAAAAGGAUGACGCUCGAGCACAUUACAAUGACUCAGACGAGCUUGCCCGAACAGCGGGACAGUUACUGGAAAAUGUCAGCCACGAUCAAAGCCAGAAAUUUCGGGAAAGUAACUUCCUCGCCUUGAUGCGCCGUAUCCGAGACCGCGAGGUUCAUAUCGAAGGAGAUGAGUUCCGUGAAGUCAGUACCAGUCCGUGAUCUCUAGAGUUUCGGCUGGCGUGGCACGAGCGCUGGUAUAUUUUAGUCUAUAUAUACCGGCCUUUGUUCCUGCUAAUCAGAUCCCAGACUAUGCAGCCUCUACAUCCUGGUGGCAAGUAUUAUCCCGAAGGAAAAACACGUACGCAGCAAGGGCGAAGCCCGUACACGAUGGCAAUGAAUCACGACA